AUGGUAGUGGUCCUGGUCGAAAUGAUGGUUGUCGGCCUAGUAGAGCUGUUGAGCUUUAGAGGGGAGGAGCUUACAGAGGAUGGUGGAAUCUUAAGGAGAAUAAAGGUGAAAGGUGAAGGCUACAACAAUCCCAAUGAUGGAGCCACAGUUCAUGUGCACUUGGAAGGAAGAUGUGGUGGUCGUUUGUUUGAUUCACGGGAUGCCACGUUUGUGGUGGGAGAAUCCGAGGAUGUGGGUGUUCCUCUGGGAGUGGAUCGGGCCAUGGAGAAGAUGCAGAAAGGGGAAUGCUGUCUCUUAUAUUUAAAACCCAAAUAUGGCUAUGGUAAAGAAGGAAAACGAGAAUUGGACAUUGGACCAAAUGCAGAACUUCUGUAUGAAGUAACACUCAAAGAUUUUCAGUUGGCUAAACAAUCCUGGGAAAUGGACUUGAGUGAAAAACUAGAGCAAGCAGUUUUGGUCAAGCAGAAAGGAACCCAGUACUUCAAGGCUGGACAAUACUACCCAGCUGUCAUUCACUAUCAGCGUAUUGUAACAUGGCUUGAAAUGGAGUACAGAACUAGAAAGGAGCAACAGCAGGCUAUCAAAGCCCUCCUGAUUAUGGCCCAUUUAAACAUGGCUCUGUGUUACCUACGCCUGCAGCAAUACUCUCAAUCUGUGGAAAACUGCAAUAAGGUGGUUGAGCUGGACUCUGCAAAUGAGAAGGCACUGUAUCGGCAUGGAGAGGCUCGUCUGUUGAUGAAUGAAUUCAGUCUAGCCCUAGUGGAUUUCCGGCAAGUUCUGCAGGUCAAUCCCACCAACCGCGCAGCCCAUUGGCAGAUUGCUGUCUGCCAAAGCAAGAUACGUGAACACCAUGAGCAUGAUAAAAAGAUCUAUGCCAACAUGUUCCAGAGAUUUGCUGAACAUGAUGCCAAGGUGAGCCAAUUAAAAAGGAGUAAAGAAGGUUGUGGAAUGGCAGAUCAAAACUGCAAGGCUGUGAAGAGGCCACGGAAGAGUCAGGACGACUCCUAACGGUCCAUAGCCCACCCACCGAUGCCUGUAAUGCUAUGCAUUUGUGGGCUGGUUCUGACGUUAUGUACUUUGUGCUGAGUGCAGUACUGAUAUGCAUGGACAGCCCCUUUUCAGACAUUGUAACAUGACUGCUAUCGCUCAGAACCCAAAAGAGGAGGGCUCGGACAAGACUAGGUAUAAGAACAAGGGUCUCUGUAGAUGCUACAAACUUAAAUAGCAUUCCAACAGACAAAAUGCACGUAUCCACAAAUCCACUAGUAUUCAACACCUAAACUCCUUCAGAUACAGCGGGGUCCAAAAGUCUGAGACCACACUGAAAAGCUGGGAUUUUUUUAAAAAUUGGAAAUAAAAAGGUUUUAGAAUUUUGAAAUAUUCGAAACAAAGAAAGUAAAUGUUUAAUAUCUUGA